ACCAUAAAAAACCACUUCUCCCCUUUCACUCAUAGUUUAGGUGUAAUUUCAUUGUUUUUUCUGAUUUCUUCUUGUUUCUUUAAACUUUUUUAUCUUUUCCUUUUCCAGGCUUAUUCUGACACCUUCUUUCUAUUAAAAUGUCGAAACCCGUUUCCAGUGAACAAAGUCUCAAUUACAAGUGGGAUGUAUGCCUUUCCAACAUGUUUGUUCAAUCUACAGUAGGUCUUGGCAUCGGAAUUAUCAGUUCUGCCAUAAUGUUUCGUCGUGCUGCAUGGCCUGUUUGGGGAGGCUUGGGCUUUGGUCUUGGUAAAGCGUAUGCUGAUUGCAAUGCAAAGCUCAGAACGUUUCCUUCUAUUCAUCAAGAAUUACAAUCUAAUAAGACUGAAGAGAAAAAGUAAAUGAAUGUUCCAAAAGGUUGAUUCAUCUUUUGUUUUUUUUUUUAUAACCAUCUUUGGUAAACAAUUUCUACUACCCCCAACUUGAUUUACUGGUCUACUUUGUAUUAUAAUCUUUUACUAUUGACAAUGUCUAUGGCUAAAGUCAAUUUCCUAGGUGCAUAUGACCAAUAUAAACGAAUUCAGAGUUAGGUAUAGUAAACGAAAUGAACUUUUCUUCAUUAAGAAAAUGUGUUAAUCUAAGAAAACUCAAAUCUCAAACUAAGUACGACUCUUUUUUCGAAACUAAACCACACCUAUACUUAAUCUU